AGAACUAAGUGUUAGCUUUCUGGAUUAAUAAUGAUCACCGGCAAUCUCCACUAUAUAGCUCUUGAAGUAGCGAUUCAAUUCUGCGUCACCAUUGUUGUGUGGAGCUGAAGCUUGUACUUCUCCUACCACCACAAAUCGACACGAUUGCCCCCACCUUCAUUGAAAUGGACUUAAAUAAGGAGCUGCUAUGACAGAGAUUUUUUGUCGGCAUAGAUAUCAUCAUCUCUUACCAUCUGCAGCAGAACCUUCACAGAAACCUCCUCAAUUUGGGUGCCACUGCCUGAUGGUUGCAAGGGAGAGCUACGGUCUCGAGGACGGUCUCCGUCGUGUUAUACGUAUAGAACAGAGAGGGGUUGGGACGGUGCUCUGUUCGCUGCUGGUGUCUUUUGCUGUAUUGCUUGAUCUUAAUGACCUUGCUUUUUGGAUUAAAGUUGUGGUAUCCAUCUGCCCUUCCGCCUCGUCCCUCCUCGCUGUCAUUUGUCGGAACGAGAGAGAGGAAUGAGUACUGCGUUCACCAGCGCCCUUUUUUUUCUGUGUUCCUAAGCUCACACAGCAGCUCGCAGAGGAGAAGACGAGAGAGGCAAUGGAACAGUGAAGAGAACGAGCUCAAAGAGAUCCAAAGAUCCGAUCUUUGAGGUCAUGGAUAGACCAAGAUGCAGGCUCUGCGGCCGCCGCUUCUCCAAUGGCCACGCACUCGGCGGUCACAUGCGCUCCCACAGGAACUCUGCCGCUCGUCCCGCGAUGGCUCAGCAGGCACUCCCCUCUCCUUCCGCCUCAUCGUCCUCUUUCUCCGUGGCGGCGGAGGGCAGGCCGGCGAUGGGCGCGUACGGUUUCCGCAAGAACCCGAAGAGAAGCUUCCGACUUGUCGAUCCCGAGUUCUCCUCCGUCGCCGCAGGCGGAUCCUCCACCGUCGUUCAUGAGGGCGAGAGCGACGCGGAGUCGUCCUUCCGACGGCGGCUAAGCCGUCCUCGCCGCCAAGUUGAUGCCGUCGCCGACGCCAAACCGGUCAGCUCCGUCUCGGACGCCUCGACUGAGGAGGACGUCGCCCGCUGCCUCAUGCUGCUCUCCCGCGACGCCUGGUCCAAAUCGGAAGCAGAGGGCCAGCGAUCCAACGGCUUGGACGAGACCAAUGAGGACGAAGAGGAGGAGAUCUAUUACGAUCAAGUGGAGGAGAAGGAACCGGAACCGCCACUCGCCGCCAGAUCGCGGCGGAAGAGGACGAGGUACCAAUGCAGCACGUGCGGGAAGUUCUUCCGGUCGUAUCAAGCUCUCGGCGGCCACCGCGCGAGCCACAAGAGGGUCGAGGUGGAACGCAUCCCGACCGCCGAUACCAACCCUCCUGACCGCGAGCCCAAGCUCUUCGAGUGCCCUUACUGCUGCAGGGUCUUCUCCUCCGGCCAGGCGCUCGGCGGCCACAAAAGAUCCCAUCUUUCCUCCGCCAUCACUGCCCCCGUUCACCGUCCGCUACCGCCGCUCUCUCCUUUCGUCCUCGAAGGCAGCUUCAUCGACCUCAACCUCCCAGCCACACCCGAAGAAGAGGCAGAGAUCUCGACGCUCUCCGUCGCAACGGAAUUCGCGUCAAAGUAAUCGCUUUUCUCUCCUCCGAUUACUCUCGGAGCUCAAAGUCGCCAUUUUGGAGGUCAUUCAAGUUCGAUCUGGGUCACCAGUUGCAGUGGCCACUGUAACUACAGCACAGCAGAGAAGAAUCAUAUGAAUCAGAAAGGAAAAAGGAGAAGGAACAGUGAAA